AUGAACGCCCUCUUUGCCGGACGCGUUGAAACUUGGGACUCCUGGAGACAGUGGUUUGAUACCCAUGGCGAGGAUUUGAAACCGGAGACGACAGAAACAAUCUUGCUGGCAAGCCCCUUAUACUAUGCUUCUUAUUUGGGGUUGACAGGGGUGGUGAGGUUUCUCAUUCAUCAUUGCAAGCAGGACCCGAAUGAAAAGGCAAAGUCGGGAAGAGCAGCCCUCGAGAUCGCAUGCGAAAAGGGAUACCAGGAAAUAGCGCGAAUGCUGCUUAAAGGGGGAGCAGACAUUGAUGUUGCUGGCUGUAGAGGACGAACGCCGCUCUAUGCUGCAUCGAUGAACGGCCAUUUCGGCUUGGUUAAGAUGAUUCUCAAAAACGAGGGUAAUACGCCACUUAAUGCGGCAUCAGACAGCAGCCAUCUCAAAGUGGUCAAGCUGCUUCUCGACAAGGGCACAGACAUCACAGUUGCUAACAAGGACGGAUGGACGCCGCUUAAAGCAGCCUCAAGUAACAGCCAUCUUGAAGUAGUCAAGCUGCUUCUCAACAAAAGAGCAGACAUCACAGUUACUAACAAGGACAAAUAA